CAGAUAUAGUGAAUGUAGUGUCCAGGGAGACCAGAUAUAGUGAAUGCAGGGUCCGGGGAGACCAGAUAUAGUGAAUGCAGGGUCCGGGGAGACCAGAUAUAAUGAAUGAAGGGUCCUGGGAGACCAGAUAUAGUGAAUGCAGGGUCCGGGGAGACCAGAUAUAGUGAAUACAGGGUCCUGGGAGACCAGAUAUAGUGAAUGCAGGGUCCUGGGAGACCGGAUAUAGUGAAUGCAGGGUCCGGGAAGAGCCGAUAUAGUGAAUGCAGGGGUCCUGGGAGACCAGAUAUAGUGAAUGCAGGGUCCGGGAAGAGCGGAUAUAGUGAAUGCAGGGUCUGGGGA